AUGGAUUCACUAAAUGUUCAAACUUAUGAUGCAUUCAGGAAGUUUCAAGAACAAAAGCUUUUGAAGGAGGAUAGGGUCCAUAACACCUAUAUUUCCAAAGAGUAUAACCAACAAGAGUUCAUUGAAGAUAUAAUUGCCAAAAAUAUGAAUAUGCCGACAAAUUUUGGUAUUUUAUCGGAAACAGAAUGA